GUUGCGUCGCUCAUCCCGCCGAUUACUUUGUUGAGGAAUCUCGACACUAUGGAAGUGAUGCAUUUGCUCAUCGUGUAUCUUCUCGUUGUUCUAAGCGUGCACGUAUCUCGCGGAAACGUCGAAGCCGAGGUCGAACAGGAAGGCAUCACCGAGGAACAGCAAAAGGUGCAUGACGAAUGCCGGAAUCCGGAUUACAAGAGAUAUCUCAAGUGUUUAAUAAGGCCGAGAAGGCACCAUCAUAUCGGCCACGGAGACGGGCUGUCGGAAAAUGAUCCCACUCAUUGUCUGGAAGCGUGUCUAAAAAAAUGCGACCAUCAUUUGGAACAUGACGAUUGCGAGAAGAAAUGCAGUUACUGCACGAAAAGAACCAAGCAUAGACAUCAGAUCAUUACGGAAUACGAGACGGAAUGCGAAUCGGGAAAUUGCGGCUCGGCUAAUGACGGGCUAAGAACUACCAAUAUAACAACAAACAUCGACAUUAAUAAUAUCAUUAAUACUUUUAGCAAUGCUACUAAAAAUGGUGUACCUGGUGCACCUCUCCUGGUUCGCCUGGUGUACCUGGUACACCUGGUACACCUGGUGGACCUGGUACGCCUGGUUGGCCUGGUUGGCCUGGUAAGCUCGGAGAUGAUAAAAAAGGUCCUAAUGAAGAGAAUGGUGGUAUUGGAAAGACGGACGAAUGGAAUAAAGUCAUCUCGUUUCCCAUCGCUUCCUAUAGUACCUCAAAUUUCGUUGGUACCACAAAUCACGUACAGUGUAGGAUUCGGAGCUGCAGGUGGAUGCGCUCAAAAUCAGUGGCUCUGCGUCCAACAAAACGGCGUGAAGGAAGUGCAGCCUGACUGCUCCGGAUGCGGCAAUCCCGUCUUACGCUACAGAUGCGAUGUAAGUUGUUAUGCAACUUACGCCAGUGCGGCAGCUAAAAUUAAACCACCUUGUAGUAGUCCGGAAUGCGUUGGGGGUUCCGCAUAAUUUUAUUGGAUGCGUUGGAAGCAGCUAUAAUGUGAAAUAUCAUCAUUAAUUGUUUGAGUUUUUUAUAUUUGUGUUAAUAUCCUGAUAAAAAAUUGCUUGUAAUAGAAUAUAUAACUCCAGAUUUCCCAAUUAAUUCUCUACUGUAAUGAUCUGUUUCCCAACAUUAGCUUAUGAA